AUGAGAGCUCAAAAAAUGUUGACUCUCUUUAUUUUCGUGUUGGCUUUUGUGACGGCUUUUGCCGACAACACUCCAGUGUAUCACGCGAGUUCACAAGACCUCGACGUCUCUCUAUCACAAGGGCGUAUCGUGUCUGGAUGGGAGGCGUAUGAAGGCCAGUUCCCGUACCAGCUCUCUAUUCGUAUGGUUAAUCAAAAUGGAAGGGUUUCUGCUUGUGGAGCCACACUUAUUCAUAACGAAUGGGCUUUGACCGCCGGUCACUGUCCAGCUGGUCGUGUAACCUUGGUAGUGCGUGCUGGUGUGACGGAUAUAAAGACACCUCAGUUGAUGUUCGAGACAACUGAGUACUACACACAUCCUCUCUAUGUCGAUCUCCUUCCAUUCGUGCAGCCGAACGACAUUGCGCUCAUCAAAUUCCCACGACCAGUCGAAUAUAAUGAUGUGCUUCAACCAAUCAGACUUCAGUCCUCGCACCAUAAAAAUAAGAACUAUGACAACGUUGUGUUUACUGCCUUUGGUUGGGGAAGAAACUGGACUUCAGGUGUUGCACCCGAGGUGAUGAACUGGGUGUACUUGAAGGGAGUAAGCAAUGAAUACUGCAGUACGAGAUUUGGUGGUUCUUCAAUUAUCGUAGACUCUACCAUUUGCGCUGCCCAUUACAAUGUCACUAGCCAAUCUGUGUGCCAGGGAGACAGUGGCGGUGGUAUGACUAUAUUGGACAAUGAUGGUGAACUAUCUCAACUAGGGAUAGCGUCUUUCGUCUCCGGCAGUGGUUGCCACACUGAAGUUCCUGCCGGUUUCAUACGCACGGGUCACUACCACGACUGGUACACAGAAGUCACAGGUCUUAACUUUGAUUGGGUGCCUGCUGCAGAUAUUAAAUAA